GGAGAGUCCGCCCACGUCUCCGGGCAGCGUCCGAGACGUGGCGACGCGCCGUCUCGGGUUUAGUGUAGGUGACUGCGAAAUGGGUGUAACUAUGGAGGAUCCUUGCGAGAACUCUGCAGAAAAUGAACAGGAGGAAGAGGCGAAGGCGGCCUCUGAGCAUUUUGCAGAGGUCGCGGAGGCCGAGAAGGGCUCGGACGCAGAUUCAGACUCUGACCUGGAGACAGAAGAAUGCUUCAGAGUUGAACCUGCAGCAUCGUGGCCUGGGGCCCCAGGGGGCCCAGGCUCUGGCUGUCAUGUUGACCUCCAAUCCCUACAUCAAGCGACUGGAUCUUCGGGAUAAUGGGCUCCUUAGGGCUGGUGCAGAGGCCCUGGCAGAUGUCUUGAGCAAAAACAGCAGCAUCUCUGAUGUGGACCUGUCGGAGAACCAGCUGGGAGCAGCAGGGGCCCAGGCCCUCUGUGCCGCCCUCACAGUGAACCAAGCAGUGCAGAAGAUGCAGCUGGCAGGGAACAGCCUGGAGGAGCAGGCAGCUAAGUACCUUGCUGAUCUCCUGCAGGUCCAUACAGGCCUGAAAUCCCUGGACCUCAGCUAUAACCAGCUAAAUGACCAAGCAGGAGAGACGCUUGGACCAGCACUGGCAGAAAACACAGGACUCACAGAGCUUAACAUGAGCUGGAAUCAUCUCCGAGGCCCAGGAGCUGUGGUGUUUGCCAGGGGGUUGGAGGCGAACAUCUUCCUGAAAGUCCUGGACAUCUCUUACAAUGGCUUUGGAGACCUGGGAGCCUUGGCUGUGGCUGAGGCCCUGAAGGCCAACAAUGUGUUGGAGGAACUCAACAUGAGCAACAACCGCAUCUCCGCAGCGGGGGCGCUGAGCCUGGGACUGGGCCUCCGGGUCAACCGGACUCUGAGGAUUCUUGUUGUGUCCAGGAAUCCCAUGCAAAGUGAAGGCUGCUUUGGUCUCCUCAAGUCCGUCCGGGACAAUCCAGCAUCUGCCUUAGAACUACUGGAUCUCUCUGUAAGAGCUUUGCAUACGCCUUAUCUCGGAUCGUCCAACAGCUCUGUGAGCUACUGUCAUCUCCGCUUGAGAGACAGAAAGUGGGGAUUAGAGGAGUAAAGUGCCCUGCCCAGUUACACCACAAGGCAGGGCCACUGUUCCGCCCCAGGCCUGAAUGUAGGGCACGAGGCUGCUUCCACUCUAGGCUGGUGGCUUCAUCGUGGUCUCUCUCGCCUGUGAAUACUUACGGUUCAAAUAAAACCCUUCGUAGGGUUCAGCCUGGUCUAUGUGAGAUGGGUCUGACGGACGCCUUCCAGGGGCGUUGUGAACACAGGACGAGAGCCGGGUGUGGUGGUGCACACCUCUGGUCCCACUUACUCGGGUAGCACAGGCAAAAGCGUUGAGUCCAGGAAUUCAAGGCCAGCAUGGGCAACACGGUGAGAUCUCCAUCUCAAACAAAAACACUUAAAUUACUUGAAACACAGAAUGAGAUGUUAGAAAGGGCUUUCAGAGAAAGAGCCAAUCAGUGCCAUCUCUCUUCUCCCCGACCCCUUUGUUUUAAUGUUUUUAUUAAUUUAAUUACUAUGCUAAAAAGUACACAUAGAUGAAGGCUUGAUUGCAAAUAGCAUAUAUAUACCUAUAUAAUGAGCCCCCAAAUCAAGAAAUAGAGCAUCCCCUAAAAGCUCCCCUUUUACUCCCAUUUUUAUCUCAGUUCUAAUAGAUUGUCACACCCAGGAAGCAAAUUUGAGCUUGUGUGUGCACAAGGAAAAAUAAUCAACUUCUUGGAGGAAAGUUUUCAUACACUGCCUUGUAAUGGGUUUUU